AUGAACGAUAAAUUGGUUGUUGACGUUUUGAAGGAAGGUGGAUCGGAGCCACAGUUGAAGAAGGAAGUCUUGGAUAAUAAGCUCGAUGGCCUUUCAGCUUCUACUUGUUCAAAUCAACCUUCAAGCUCCGAGAUUUCGAGGUUCGAAGGUGGAAGCAUGCUAGUGGAUCCUAAUGAUCCGAGGUUCUUUGGAUUUGGCUUUCCUGAAAAUUCUCAGCCCGGGGCCCGUUUUGAUCCGUAUGGCCCGCCUGGCGUGCCAGGGUUUGGGCCAGCCCAAUUCACGAGGAACCCUCCAAGGCCAGGUGGAGGGCCCCACUCGGACUUGCACCAUUUUCACGACGGCUCGGAUUUUAUAUGA